UGUGGGUGUAGACUCAAUCGAUAACAAAUUUCACAGUGAUUAAGCCAGAAUUUACCACAUGUCGCAUGCUCAUCCACUUACAUACACAUAUAAACAUAAUAACAUACCUAUGUGUACUACUUGUUUUUAAGAAUUCAAUUGAGCCUUUUUAAUGUUCGAUAGUAUCUGUGUGUGUAAGUACAAUUUUAUUGACGAUCUUAAUGUAACAGUUAUUCUUAUUGAAUUAUCAAACUAGUACUUUUAUCAACAUUUUUAUUAUGCAGACAAGCAACUAGUGGUGUAUUAGAGAAACUGAUCAUUUAAAAAAACCUUCAAGAAGGUUGAUCACCGGAACAUUGUGGUGUACACUAUAACAACAACAACAACAACAACAACAAUAACAACGACAGAUGACACGCGGAAGAAGAUCAAGCAGUGUGGAUUCUUCAUAUGAUAAAGAUAUUUUUUUCCAAUGUCGUGGAAGAAAGUUCAGUGUUACAGAAAUAGCCGACAAUGAAUCAUUUUCACGUUUUUUAGCUGAUCAAAUUAUCAAAAAGCAUCUUGCAAAAGGUCGAACAAAAAUCACUAUUUGCUGUUUACAAGACAGAUUGAAAUUUAGCCGAGCUACAUCAAUUAUUCCUCAUUCAUUUCGAAAAUAUGCAGAGUAUAAAGAUAUUAAAAAUUUUCUUGUUUUUACAAGUAAACCAGGUGUUUUCAUGUUAUGUAUACAUGAUUCUGAGACAAAUAAAAAAACCUAUGAAACUUUCUGUUGUGAUGAUCCGUCGGAUUUAGAAAAAUUAACACGUUUAGUCAGUUCAGCAAAAAAUAAUCCAGAUCAUAAAUUAUAUCGAAGUCAGAAUACAUCAAGAUCAACUAUUGAUAUGAAUAAUGAAAUGUCAGCUGCUGAAUUAUUUGAAAGUAGCACAAAUUUAAACAAUGAAUCGGUAAGUUAUCAAAGUGGAUUUAUACGCGAUCCGGUAUCACCUGUAACUGAAGCUGUAGUUCGUAGUUCACCAUUUUCUCCAUCACAUACUUAUAAUAAUUUAACUUCAGUUUCCAUAAGUGACAUGCCAAAUGAAACGGUCACAAAUGGUUAUGGUGGAAAGGUUACAAGAAGUCUUAGUCGAAGUAGAAGUAGUAGUAGAAAUAGUAGUAAUAAUCGAAAAAGAUAUUCAAGUCAAAUGAUUGCACCUCCAUCGAAUGACAAUUUUCAUCCUUUAAUUGGUUAUCAAUCGAAUAAUACAAUCGAAAAUAAUCAAACUUCUCAUCAAAAUAACAAUGAUGCAACACCAGUUAAUUCAAGAAGGCAAAGUCUGAAAAAUCUUCUUCGAUUAGAUAAUGAAAAUAUUUACACUCAUAAAGAUGAAUUAAAUGCCAUGUUUGAUUAUGAUUUAACAUUUCUUGAUUCUUCAUCUGGUGAUGUUUAUGAAUCGGAAUUUGGUUCAAAGUAUUUGUUUUGUCAAUCAGGCUUAGAAAGACUUCAAACCUAUGAAGGACCGUUGUGUGAAUCACCAACUAACUGAACGAUAAAUACUCUCAUUCUACAACAUUAAUCCAUUUUUACAUAAUGUCAAUUCAUAUGAAACUCUUCAGGUAAGUCAGUGAAACAAUGAUAAUUGAAUGGGACAGUGUGUGACUUCAUCAUUCUUGUUGGAACUUUCAUUCUGGACAUGAUUAAAUGAAUAUUUAAGUUAUCGAUUAAAUGUAUUUUUUUUUUCGCUGAUUGAUAUCUAUAAUAAUCUCUUCCUAAUUUUGCUCAUUUGAUUAUAUAUCUUAAAUUACUUUAAAUUAGUAUAACAUUCGCUCAUCAAUUUUCUCUUGUGAAUUGGAUAAUUUAAUAAAUAUCUUACAAAUGAAAGUAAA